AUGGAAAAACACAAUCUAACAGUGAUGAAUGAAUUCAUUUUCAUGGGAAUCACACAUAGUCCUGAGCUGCAGGCUCCAUUAUUUGGACUCUUUUUCAUCAUCUACAUGGUCUCACUGGUGGGCAACUUGGGCAUGGUCAUCCUCACUACAGUGGACUCCAGGCUACAAACACCAAUGUACUUCUUCCUCAAAAACCUGGCUCUCACUGAUCUUGGUUAUUCAACAACUGUGGGGCCCAAAAUGUUAGUAAGUUUUGUUGUGGAUGAAAAUACAAUCUCCUGUUAUUUUUGUGCCACACAGGGAGCUAUCUAUAUUAUGUUCAUCAUUAGUGAAUUUUUCAUUCUGUCUGCAAUGUCCUAUGACCGCUAUGUGGCCAUCUGUAACCCUCUGCUCUACACAGUCAUCAUGUCCCAAAGGGUAUGUAGGGUGCUGAUGGCAGUCCCCUAUCUCUACAGCACAUUUGUUUCUCUUCUAAUCACUGUAAAGAUUUUUAAUUUAUCCUUCUGUGGCUACAAUGUCAUCCAUCACUUCUACUGUGACAGUAUCGCAUUAUUAUCUUUGGUUUGCUCAGAUACUCAUGAAGUUGAAUUGAUGAUUAUGACCUUCUCAGUUAUAAAUUUGAUUUCAUCUCUUCUGAUAGUUCUUGUGUCUUACUUGCUCAUCCUUGUAUCCAUUCUCAGGAUGAACUCUGCUGAGGGCAGGCAUAAGGCUUUUUCUACCUGUGGAUCCCACCUGACAGUGGUCACAGUGUUCUAUGGGACUUUGAUAUUUACUUAUGUGCAGCCCAGGUCCAGUCAUUCCUUUGACACUGAUAAAGUGGUUUCUAUAUUUUAUACCCUCAUUAUCCCCAUGUUAAAUCCCUUAAUAUAUAGCUUGAGGAACAAGGAUGUAAAAUAUGCUUUACACAGGUUAUGGAGAAAAUUGUGCAAUAUCUUGUCUUAA